AUGUUGGUAUGGCAGGAUGUGUUCACGGACGAUGAAGUUAUGUCGGACUCAAACAAAGUGGUUCCUUGCAAGGACAUGGAAGGAAAUGAGGUGCCAGGGAUGUUUCAGGUCGAGUCUAAGACGGUGGCAAAGGGCGCUGACAAUGUCGACAUUGGCUGCGGAGACGCGUUUGGAGGCGAAGCUGAUCAGAUCGAUGACUCAGUCGAGACGGUCAACAGCGUUAUUGAUGACUCAAUUGGUUUCGGUUAUGUUGAGACGGGAUUUGACACCAAGGCCGAGCUUAAAACGUACCUCAAGUCGUACUUUCGUAAGGUUAUGAAACACUUGAAAUCCACGGACACUGAUGACGAAACCAUGGCCCAAUUCAAAAGUGAUGCACAGGAAAUUGUUAAAUUUCUUGUUUCCAUGUUUAAAGAGCUUCAGUUUUACAUGUUUAAGUCGUGUGACUCGGAAGCUGGCCUAGCCUACGCUUAUUACCCAGAGGGCGCUGUGACUCCCACCUUCUGUUACAUCAAGUGGGGCUUGAAGGAAGUCAAGUUUUAA